CACGCACGUGAGGCUGGGGCCAGGGGUGGCACUGACACGGCUGGGGAGCCCACUCCCGAGGUACGACCCGGGGAUGUGCACAGCCACAUUCCAAAGACGCACGGGAUGAGAUCAGCCUGGGUGACCCUGGGACUUUGUCCUCCUCGGCAGGAGCCAGCCCCGUGCACCCUGUGUGCCUGUCCAUCUGGAAGGCCCAGCAUGAGAGGCCCGGCCAUCCUCCUCACUGUGGCUCUGGCCAUGCUCCUGGCUCCCGGGGCCGGGGCGCCGGUACAAAGUCAGGGCUCCCAGAACAAGCUGCUCCUGGUGUCCUUCGACGGCUUCCGCUGGAACUAUGACCAGGACGUGGACACCCCCAACCUGGACGCCAUGGCCCGAGACGGGGUGAAGGCACGCUACAUGACCCCCGCCUUUGUCACCAUGACCAGCCCCUGCCACUUCACCCUGGUCACCGGCAAAUAUAUCGAGAACCACGGGGUGGUUCACAACAUGUACUACAACACCACCAGCAAGGUGAAGCUGCCCUACCACGCCACGCUGGGCAUCCAGAGGUGGUGGGACAACGGCAGCGUGCCCAUCUGGAUCACAGCCCAGAGGCAGGGCCUGAGGGCUGGCUCCUUCUUCUACCCGGGCGGGAACGUCACCUACCAAGGGGUGGCUGUGACGCGGAGCCGGAAAGAAGGCAUCGCACACAACUACAAAAAUGAGACGGAGUGGAGAGCGAACAUCGACGCGGUGAUGGCGUGGUUCACAGAGGAGGACCUGGAUCUGGUCACACUCUACUUCGGGGAGCCGGACUCCACGGGCCACAAGUACGGCCCCGAGUCCCCGGAGAGGAGGGAGAUGGUGCGGCAGGUGGACCGGACCGUGGGCUACCUCCGGGAGAGCAUCGCGCACAACCACCUCACAGACCGCCUCAACCUGAUCGUCACAUCCGACCACGGCAUGACGACCGUGGACAAACGGGCUGGCGACCUGGUCGAAUUCCACAAGUUCCCCAACUUCACCUUCCGGGACAUCGAGUUUGAGCUCCUGGACUACGGACCAAACGGGAUGCUGCUCCCUAAAGAAGGGAGGCUGGAGAAGGUGUACGAUGCGCUCAAGGACGCCCACCCCAAGCUCCACGUCUACAAGAAGGAGGCGUUCCCCGAGGCCUUCCACUACGCCAACAACCCCAGGGUCACACCCCUGCUGAUGUACAGCGACCUUGGCUACGUCAUCCAUGGGAGAAUUAACGUCCAGUUCAACAAUGGGGAGCACGGCUUUGACAACAAGGACAUGGACAUGAAGACCAUCUUCCGCGCUGUGGGCCCUAGCUUCAGGGCUGGCCUGGAGGUGGAGCCCUUUGAGAGCGUCCACGUGUACGAGCUCAUGUGCCAGCUGCUGGGCAUCGUGCCCGAGGCCAACGAUGGGCACCCAGCUACCCUGCUGCCCAUGCUGCACACAGAGUCUGCUCUUCCGCCUGAUGGAAGGCCUACUGUCCUGCCCAAGGGAAGAUCUUCUCUGCCGCCCAGCAGCAGGCCCCUCCUCCUGAUGGGACUGCUGGGGACCGUGAUUCUUCUGUCUGAGGUCGCAUAACGCCCCAUGGCUCAAGGAAGCCUCCGGGAGGUGCCCGCAGGCCCUGGGCCGGCUGUCUCGCUGUGAUGCUCUGCUGGUCGCGGACGGACCCUGCCUCCCCAGCUUAUCCCAGGCCAGAGGCUACAUGCCACUGUCCCCGGCAGCGCCAGCCCCUGCUUGACUGUUAUGGUGCUGGUAAUAAGCCUCGCAGCCCAGGUCCAGGGCCCCCGACGAGCCGGUCCCAUAACCGGCCCCCUGCCCCUGCCCCUGCUCCUGCUCCUCCCCUUCGGGCCCCCUCCUCCUGCAAAACCCGCUCCCGAAGCGGCGCUGCCGUCUGCAGCCACGCGGGGGCGCGCGGGAGCUCUGCGGGCACUGGAACCUGCAGACCCGGCCUCGGUCAGCUGGGAGGGGCCCGCCCCGGCACAAAGCACCCAUGGGAAUAAAGGCCAAGCCGCGACAGUCAGCACGGGGGAGACUUUUCCCUAAAGCCUACCGGUUUCCCGA